CCAUGCCGAAACGCUCCUGCCCCUUCGGGGAGGGCGGCCCCGCUCCAGCUGAAGACCCGCGUGGGGCUGCGGAGCUGAGCCGCGGCGUGCGGGGCGAGGAGUAUCGGCGGGAGGUGUCGAGGACCCGGCGGCUGCUCUUCAGGGGGGCCCAGGCGUACAUGGAAGGCGCCGGUCCCGCCGCCGCCCGCCCGCCGGAGCCGGAGCCGCCCGGGGAUGCGCAGGGAGGGGGUCCCCGCUGGAACGGGCAGCUCCUCAUCGGCCACGACGGGAAACUGCUGCGGCGGCCCGCGGAGAGGGUUCCACCCGUGGGAGCUUCCAGAGCCUGCUCAUCGUGUGUAAGAACCACUGAUGUCAAGGAGGUGUGUACGCAGUGUGACCGGUUUGUUUGCCAGAGCUGCAGCAGGCUCUGCAGCUGCUGCAACAGGGUUGCCUGCUCUUUGUGCUCCACUAUUGAUUAUGCUGAUGUGGGAGAGCAAGUUCUCUGCAACGGUUGUUCAAUAUUUCAAGUCUGAAACUUGAUGAAAUAACCCUUGUGGCUAAAAUGUCCAUGAAUUUCAUGAAGUCUUCUCCUUACAGCUGGUCAAUUAAUCCUUUUAGCAUGUGAAUUAGUUAUGGAAUUUCUAUGUUUUAUAUUUUAUAUUGUACUUUUAAAUAUUGCAGCUAAAUAAACAUGUAUAUUUUAAAGCUUU